UGCUUUAUUAGCCUUUUCGUUCGUCCUUAGGUUCUCUGUCUAUUUACGGCUAACCCUUCAGCUGAUGAUAGGCAUAGCUUACUGUGACUGGAAAUCCGAGAGCCGUCGCUCCGAUCCCGCCCUCGGUUUCCCUUGGUUCAGGUUUUACCGUCACCGGCGAUUGAGGAACAGGAGAGGAGCCGGAGGGGAAGGCUAUCUGAAAAGGCGUCGUCGUUUCACGGGAGAAUCCCGACGAUGGCACCGGCAGAGCUGAGGCGGCCAAAGACGCUGCCCGAUCUACUUCAAGAGAAGGCAAUUUCCACCUUCUCCGAUGUGAAGCCGAAGUUGACGAAGCUGCUACUGAACGUGACUAUUCAAGACAGUCUAGGAGCCAUUCAGGUGGUGAUGUCACCGGAAAACACUGUCAGAGACUUGAUAACUGCCGCCGUUAGGCAGUACUCCAAGGAAGGCCGUCGGCCAAUCAUGCGGCCAACGGACGUCGCGCUUUUCGAUCUCCAUUAUUCUCAGUUCAGCUUAGAAAGUUUGGAAAGAGAAGAGAAGCUGAUGGCGUUGGGAUCCAGAAAUUUCUUCUUGUGCACAAAAACGGCGGCGUCGAAGGACGGUGAGAGCAGAACGUCGUCGUGCUUCAAUGAAGCUGAUGUUGUUACAAAGAGCUCGAUACCUUGGCUCAAAUUCAUGGAUUUCUUGUUUUAGAAGCAUUUUUUAAUGGG